AUGGAGGAAUUGGAUGAACUGCGCAAUGAGGCGUAUGAGAACGCCCGGAUUUACAAAGAAAAAGUGAAGCGGUUGCAUGAUCACCGUAUUUCUCACAAGAAGCACUGCCCAGGAAUGAAGGUGUUAUUGUUUAAUUCAAGAUUGAAGUUGUUUCCUGGCAAGUUGAAAUAUAGAUGGAGCGGUCAUUUUCUGCUAAGAGAGGUGUUUGAACAUGGUGCAGUAGAGCUUUGCAACGAGAAUACGAAUGAAAGUUUCACAGCAAACGGUCAUCGCGUGAAGCCGUAUUAUGAGCACCAGAGCCCUCCGAUGGUGGUAGAGUCUCAAGCUCUUCACAAUCUUGACUGUUGA